CAGUUCGAUAGAUUCAAUGUUUUUGGUAAUUGCGUUUCUGUCGUGAAAUAUGUUAAUUACUUCUCCCCAGGUAGUAAUCAAAAGAAGGAUCACCACCUCAGGCUAAGGUGUGUCACCUGUCACACCUGCGUCAGUCAUCGCCUAGUCCUUUGUUUCUUCGUGACGUCUUGAGGAAGCUGUGACCCACUUAUCGUCGAAAAAGGAAUUCUUCUGUCUUCACCUCCCACAUGUGCAGUAACGACAUCACAAAUUGCUCAUGCGUCAUCAAUGAGAUGGUUAUGACGACCGAGUGAAACGUUGUGUCAAGAAACAAGUUUUGAAUUGAGUCGGAUGAAUCUCGACGUAAAGCGGUACUUGUAGGGGAAACAUGAAGACUGCAACCCACCUGUUGCUUGUGACUCUACUGGUGGCGCUCGUGCAAGCAGGGGAAGUGCAGGAUCUAUUAAAGUCAUGGAAAGACAUGGACAUCCUGAAAAACAUCGCGAAUGGCGACAAGGCACUGUACAAUGAUGCUGCAUUCCAGAAGGAAGCCGGAGAGACUUUAGACAGAAUCAGGCGUGUUGUAACCAACAUGUCUCCUGACGAGAGACAAAAGAUGCGUCUCACUGUAGCCAAGCACAUCGGACCACAAGGGGCCCAGAGGAUCUUAGCCUUCUCCAAGAUGUUGAAACGUUUGAAACCCGAUUUUCGAACACAAAUGUCAUCGGUUUGAUACACUUGUUUAGCAUUUUUUUUAACUUUUUGGUACUACAGAUGUUGUAUGUAGCAUCAGGGAACACCGAACAGUAAACAUACAUUUACACCAUCUUCACGAAAUAUGUAAAUAUAUUUAAGACGUGUAUAACGAUUUCCGAACACAAAUGUCAUCGCUUUGAUAUAUGGCCAGCGUUUCCCUUUUGAGCAACUUUUUGCAAGGAGCUUUUAUACUGAUAGCUUUAGUGAACACUGAACAGUAAACAUACAUUUAAACCAUCUUCACGAAAUAUGUAAAUAUAUUUAAGACGUGUGUAACGUAAACCUCUAAUAUUUAUUUGUAUAUAUUCCCUUCCUGGUAAACAUAUACCAUUGAUCGUCCUUGACGAACAAUUGGAAAAUCAUGAAUUAAAAAUAAAUUCCGUAAAGGUAGUAUUAUGAUUGUAACAUGGUUAUAUGACUGUACCAUAAAAUUAAGUACUAGUACUAGACACUCUCAUUAACCAGUGAAAUAAUUAGCCCAUUACCACGUGCUAGUGACACCGAGUGAUAUGUCACGAUUCAGCCAUCUUUAGUUUGACUGUAGUACAAUGUGUUUUUAUUUGCUUUUGCUAUAGCUGAAAGCUUAUCAUUGUCAAAUAAAACUUUGUUACUGCUCUAUAA